UUUCCUUUACAUAUUCAGUCCAACAAAAUUGCUCGAUCCGGCCACAAACAAGUUUCGCGAUUUGUUUAGGGGGUAAAGGAAAAAUGAUUUCAUUUUAAUGGGCUUUGGUUAAACAAAAAAAAAAGAGAAACAGAAAUAUUGCACAAAAAGUUCGAUAGUUUUAAAGGUUUCAUUGAAAUGUAUAUUCAUUUUCCCGUGUACAGUGGAUGGAAAUUGUUUGAAUUAUAAAAAUAGAAAAAUUGGGUUUUUCUCAUCAAUUUCGUGAAAUUUGUGAUCCGAAAAAAAUUAUACGUCUCAACCAUUGAAGAAAGUAUAGCAACAAAAAUGCUUGAAAGGUAGCAAAAACAGUCAUAAUAACAAUUCAUAAAUCGGCAGACGAAAUUAAAGAGUGCGUGUGUGAUAAAUAAGGAAGUGAUCUACACGAAAAAUGAUCGAAAAUAAUGAAUUGAUAGUUGGUUCGGAUGACAAAGCCAAUCACAUCGAAAUGGAUGGCAAUAAGAUCGAUCAAUUCACCAAGUCCACGUCCGUUGAUUUGCUCCAAUGGAAAGACAUGCCGCGUCAUCUACAGUUCAAUCCGUACGUUCACACUGGAUAUCGUCCAUUAACGAAUUUCAGGGGAUGCUUGAACAGCCUGUUUUACUAUCACAACGAAACGGUGAAUAUUUUAACGCACGGAAUACCAGUGAUAUACAUCUUGGCAACAGUUCCAUAUUUGAUGCCUUGGACCGAUUUCCGAUUUUUAUCGUGGUGCCACUUGAUUGGCUCUUUGGCACCGUGGUGUGGAAGUUUUCUUUACCAUUUAUUCAUGAAUCUCGACCAUGGCGAAGUGGUUUAUUAUCGAUUACUCAAGUUGGAUAUGUUUGGCAUAUGGAUGAGUCAAAGUUUCGGAGCCGUUACUUUUGUUACCGCAACGGGGUUUUGUUGGAGAAUCAAAUCAAUUCUUAUUUUGGGCUAUUGUGUGCUAUGUUUGUAUGGACUCUAUAAGGCAUUGUUAGCGUCUUCUCCUUGGCAACGGAGACUGUGCUUCCUAUUUCCGUUUGUGAUGAGAGUGCAUUUGGUAGUAUUAAGAAUGUUUAAAUUGGCUGGAGGAAAUACAGAAUCAAUGGUGCAUGUCUACUUACAGGACGGGGUAUCCAUUAUUGGCGGAGCAAUUGGUGCUGAACAUUUGCCGGAAAAAUGGUGUCCAGGAAGCGUUGACUUUUGCCUUAAUUCCCAUAAUAUUAUGCAUGUAUUAGUCGUCGUGGCAGUGUAUUCAAUGCACCAGGCAACUAUGAGAGAUAUGGAAUGGAUGUCGAAAGCCCAAUGCUAUGCAACCAAUGAAAGUGUACCUUUAGCAAGUAUUAAUCAAUCGCAUCCAGAGCUAUGACCAGUUGUUUUAAAAAAAUCGAAUCACAAAUUUAUUUCUUAAAUCUUGCAAUUACAUCUUCCUAUAUUGAAUCUUUAAACAAAACAAAAAAAUUCCAAAAAUUGAAUUUAAACAAUUAUUAAACAAAAAAAAUUAUUUAAUCUAAAAUAUAUCAACUUCCUAGGAUUAAAGUGAAAAAAAUGAAAAGAAAAUUUAAAACAAAAAAACAAAUAAGUUACAAAAAAAAUUAGAAAAUUAGGACAUUACGUAAAAGUAAUGAAAGAAGUACGCUUUUAAAACAAAUUUAGUCAGAAAUUAUUUUUAUUGUCGCUGCAUUGUUGACAAAAAAAAAAAAAUAUGUAAUAAAGAAAAAAAAUCAUUUUAACCAAAAAUUUAACAAAAGUAUUUAGUUUUGAGCGAAUAAAUACAAAAAUGAAAAUUAUUGUAUGAAUACAAAACAAAAUGAAAAAGAAAUAAUAUACCAAAUGGCUGUAUGUGUAAAUAUACAAAAGAAACGUUAUGUAUAUUAUAUAACACGCACAAGUUAUAUACUAUAUCAUGUAACACAUAUUCAUACAUAUGCACACACACACAAAAAAUAAACAAAAAAAAUGAAAACCCUUAGAUACAAAACUAAAAAUAAAUUUAAAAAUAAUACAAAAAAAAACCCUCAAACUAAAAAUGCUUCUAAUUAUGCUUCCUUAUGGCGCACCCCUUUUAAAAAUUACAUAAAAAAAUUAAAUUAACCCGAAAAUGGAUUUAGAUUUUAAGAAAUUUUAUUUUUCAGUUUUAGAUGGAUUUUUUUUAGCAAAUUUAUGUGUUGAACAAAUGAAAUGAACAUAGAAAAUAAUUUAAAAAUAAACUUAAAUGAUAAAAAAAACGAAAAACAAAAUUAUUUGUUUAUAGGAAGAAAAAUAAAUGAAUAUUUAUAACGGGAGAUAGGGAAAUACUUUGAUAGAUAAAUAAAUAAAAUAAAAUAAAAGAAAGAAAAAAAAAACAUAAAAACCAAAGAACAAAAAAUGAAAAAUUUCCAAAAAAUGUUGUGAUUCUUAAAAGCAAAAAAAUGACUUCGGUACUACAAUACAACUCUUCUAUAUUUGUAUAGUUUUUCAAUUUGAAAUAGUUCUAUUUUUACUACCAGAAUUUUAUCGUACGAAACAAGUUCUUCUUAUUUAAGUUACAUUUACGAAAAAACAAAACAAAACAAACAAAAGAAAAUCUAUAAAAACUUCAAAAAAUCUAACGGUCUAACAAGACACUUAUAAAAUAGUGACAAAGUAUUAAAGAAACGCAAAAAUGAAAAUAGAGCGAGAAUUACUGGACUUUAGGCUCCUGAUAAUUUUUAUUUUAUGUUUUCGUUUUGCCUCGGACGAUACGCUAUAUUAUACUGUUUCAAGAUUUAAAAUAAAAAAAUAUUUAAAAAAAAAGAAAAUAAAAAAAAGAAAACUAAAAUUAGCUGCAACAUCAUGUGCGAAAACAUGGAUUUAUGACAUUAUAGAAAAAACACGGAGUUCAGUAAUAUAAAAUUUAAACCGGAUAUAUAAGCAACUCAGGUAAUCACAGGUUUUUGUUAUAAAGAGACUGUCCCCGAUUUGUGGUCAUUCUAAUUAUAAUUAAUAAAACCCCACAACUUUUAUUUAAAAAAAAAAAAACAAAUUUUAUUUUAUCCUUCUAAAUAAAUAAGAUUUUCAAUUUAUUGCGUGAUCUCAUUCGAUUAGUUACCUUUGACAGACGGCUAUGAUCAUAAGCUAACGACAUCAGCAACAAAAAUAAAGUAAAAGAUUUUCAUUCAAUAUACAGUCUGUUUAAGGUUAUCUACGAGCCUGGUCUUAAGUUUUUGUUAAAGGUGUGUGUCUCCUUUUGGAGUCAGCCCACUUAUCCAAGGUAUUUCUUAUUAUCCAUCGAAAGACGACAAUACCAUACCGCGGGUAUUUCGUCCGUAAUACAUCUUCGAUAAAUCCGUACGUAAAUUUUAAAUGUUGGGGCUCUAAUUGUAAAUAUAUCCACAGAAUAAAAUUCGAUAAUAGGCUUCGGAUAGGUCGACCCAUCCACAAAAUCACAUUAAUUUUCAUAUAAACUUUGUCCAUUUAGGUUUUCAUGCAUUUCACUUAUAUUCCACAUGUUCCACAUGUACGAAAAUCCUCAAUAAGUUCGAAAUAGUUGAGAUUAAACCGUAAAUCGCUUCCUUUAGUUUUCGAUUAUUUUACUGUUGAUGUGGAACUUCUCCAAAGUGCCACUAGCGCGAUUUUGAGACGAUCGACUGUUAUAGCCUAAUGUGGAUUUGGGGGAUGAAUACGACAAAAUUCUAGACGUUUAUCAAUGGGCUUAACAGCAUAAUUUUUCUGAGCAUCUGAAAACGUCUUAGUGUCCCGAUUUUAAGUGAAACGUGAAUGCAAUAUCCUGAAACUCGAUUCUUGAGAAUAUUUUUAAAUUGUUGAAUUAUGAAAAUGAUUGGCGUUAAAGAAGCAUCUGAUUAAGAAAGUAGAAAUAGUUUUUUUUUUGUAAUAAUGUUGUGCAAAAGAUGUAUUCUGUCUAUCUGUUAUUUAAACUUAUCGAUCGAAACUUUCAUAGUGAUGAUCCACAGGCCGAACAUAUGCUUGUACACAAAUUGAAUGCUCUUCGCGACAUCACAUCUUAAGGAAAUCCAGCAGUACCACAAAUGUGAACGGUACGAUGCUAAAAGAACAGUUCUCUUUUUCUCAGCCUAAUUACAAAAAAAAAACUUAUUCGAUGCAUGCAACGAAAUGGAAUCUACCAUAGGAUGAGCUGAUAUUCAGUGCAAAAACAACAACCCCCCUUUCGUUACUUGUAUCGAUAAUAGCUUUGUGUUCACACCACCUUUAUUUAAUAAACGAUUAGGCAUUACGAGCCACUUUUUAUUCUAAUGAUCAAAAU